AUGCCGUCGAUUGAUACUGAGACUCCGAUGGAGUCAUCAUCUAAUGACCUACCGGAUCGCUUGCCUUUCCCGCCAACUACUUAUUCCCACAUCCUGCAUUGUUCCUAUCACGACUGGCAUCCGCGAUACCGCACCCUCGCGCCUAAGUCGCGCUGCAUCCCUUUAACAUCCGCAUUCGUCGAGUACCUCCGCGCCGACGGCAUCGUUCUUCCCCCUGAAGCCGCUCCACCAGUCGACGAUGACAACAUAGAUACAUUCUCCGACUCGGGCGAAGAGGAAGUCGACCCCUCCACCGAAUGGGCAGACAUUCACAUCCAGAUUAAGAACACCAUUGCCGAAUUUGGUGGCAUUGUCACGCCGAAGUUGAACUGGAGUGCUCCCAAAGAUGCAACCUUCAUGGCCGCCACAAACGACACCCAAUGCCGCACCCCCAAUGACAUAUAUCUCCUCCUGAAAAGCAGUGAUUUCAUCACCCAUGAUCUCGACCACCCAUUCGAUGACUGUGUACCGGACACAGCCAAUGACGAUACAACCACACCUACCGUCGACUCCCCAUUGCCGCAGGUGCCAUAUCACCUGGUUCUCCGCAAAUAUGUCAACUUCAACCCCUCCCUCGAAUUCCGCUGUUUCGUCCGCAACCGCGUGCUGCUGUGUAUGAGCCAGCGUGAUCAGAACCACUUCGACUUCCUCUUCCCUAUGCGCGACAUGCUCCGGUCUCGAAUUCAGUCUUUCUUCGAUGAAAAGCUCAAAGAUAGCUUCCCCGAACCUAACUUUGUCUUCGAUGUAUAUAUUCCCGCACCUCAUCAGCGUGUCUGGCUUAUCGAUGUGAACCCGUGGGCGCAGCGGACAGACCCGUUGCUCUUUAGCUGGCUGGAGAUACUAAAUAUGAAGGAUCCCAUUGGUAUCCAAGAAGAUGAUGAUGGAGCUGAGGGAUUCGUGAGAAUAUCACUCCGUGACGGCAGCAUUAUUACCUCUGGAACGGCAGAGGAGCUCGAUGCUGGAGAUUCAAGCUCCGAGUCGGAGGAAGAGAAUGAUGACCCCGAGAAGGACGACGACCAAGCCCCUUUCCUUCCUGAAUUCCGUCUGAUCAAGAAGGAUGAUCCAGAAGCAUAUGCCUUCAGCUCAACACAGUAUUCGGCCCAUAAAGUGCCUAAGGAGCUGGUGGAUGCUUCGCUUGCGGGACCUGGCGGUAUGAGCGAGUUCAUGGGCAAGUGGCAUGAGAUCCUCAAGCAGCAAGAGCAGGAGGAUCAAGCAGCAGGCAGUGACUCGGACUAA